UCAACAUGCCGAACGUAGGAGUAACAGGCUAAUAUAAAAUCCCCCAGAUUUAUCACUCAGAGAAAACUCAAAGAGAAUACAGAAUUGGAAAAAGAAGCAGCAAAAUGGAGAAGAUAGAGCACAAAAUGGUAGAUGUAAAUGGCAUUAAUAUGCAUGUAGCAGAAUUAGGCCAAGGUCCAACAAUCCUAUUCAUACAUGGCUUCCCUGAACUCUGGUACUCAUGGCGCCACCAAAUGGUCUACUUAGCGGAGCGUGGCUACCGUGCCGUGGCACCAGACUUAAGGGGUUAUGGAGAUACUACAGGUGCACCUGUUAAUGACAUUUCAAAGUUCAGUCUCUUUCACCUUGUGGGUGAUCUUAUCGCACUGCUUGAAGCCAUAGAUCCAAAUAAAGAUAACGUGUUUGUUGUUGCUCAUGACUGGGGUGCCGUAAUUGCUUGGCAUUUAUGCCUCUUUAGGCCAGACAAAGUUAAGGCGUUGGUGAAUUUGAGUGUCCAAUGGACAGGGGCUCAAGUUAAAGUUCCAACCAAGUUUAUCGUUGGUGAAUUCGACUUGGUUUAUCGUAUACCGGGUGCUAAAGAGUACAUACACAAUGAUGGAUUUAAGAAAGAUGUUCCAUUGUUGGAGGAAGUUGUGGUUGUGGAAGGUGCAGCUCACUUUGUCAACCAAGAAAGGCCAGAUGAGAUUAACAAGCACAUCUAUGACUUCAUUCAAAAGUUCUGAACUUACUCUUUUCUCACUACUACAAGUCGAGUCCGACUCUCUAUGGCGUGGACGCCUUUGCUUGGAUGGAGAUAGAUGUAUAAAAAGUGUGUUGUGUAUGAUUGUACCUGUUUUGAGUUUGAUAACUCUUCUAAUAAUUACUUUCUAAGAGAUUGUUCUUAUGGUUAUCACUUUUUAUGCUAUAAAAGAGUGCUCUUAUGGUGAA